AUGACGACGUCGAAGCGCGUGGUGGAGCGCAAGAGCGCGCGGUUUCAGGGCAACAUCGCGCGGCGAGGGAGCGUGCCGGAGACAGUGGCGAAGAAGGGCGACAAGUACCCCGUCAGCACCAUCGUCAUCAUCUUCUUUGUCUUCGUUGUCGUCGGCUCCGCUCUCUUCCAAAUCAUCCGUAAUGCCCAGACACGCUCAGUUGACUAA